GAUCUUCUUGAUCAUAUUUUCUCCGUAGCAUUCGUCGUACACGCUGUCAUCCUCGACGGUUUUUAACCCUGAUGGUCGAUUGUGUCAUGAUCGAGCAUGUGUCCAUUAAGUGCAAGUUUCUUCUAGCAAGCUCUGUGGAGCUCCAGGAUUCGAAAGAAGAUAUACUCCUACAAUGUGACUCUUCUGGUCAUCAUGAUGAUGGGGUCACAUCCGUCACGGUUCUGUUCCAUGAGCCCACGGCUUCUAGCAAAGUCACGAUAUUAUUAUCCACGCAUGCAUUGGCUUAGAUCCUCGUGUAAUCUAACC